AACAAACUUUUUGUUUUGUUGGCAAAGCCAAAUAUGGAGAAGGCGAAGAAGUCGCUGGAGCUAAUAAGCGAGGAGGAGUCCAACCUCGUGACGCGACUCGCCGUUCCAGCUCACCGAGUCGGCUCCGGGUUCAGCUUCUACGAGGAUUUCGCUCUCAAAGGAAUACGGGUCGACCGGGUUGAACCCGGACUCGUCGUCUGUAGCUUCAAGGUUCCUCCCCGCCUCACCGAUAGAAGUGGCAAGUUGGCAAAUGGUGCAAUUGCAAAUCUUGUGGAUGAAGUUGGUGGUGCUGUAGUUCAUGUUGAGGGAUUGCCUAUGAGUGUUUCAGUUGACAUGUCCAUUUCUUUUAUGUCCACCGCCAAACUUAAUGAUGAUUUAGAGAUCAGCUCAAAGGUCUUGGGAAAAAGAGGAGGUUAUUCUGGAACGUUAGUGCUUAUGAGAAAUAAAGCAACUGGGGAGGUUAUUGCAGAAGGUCGGCAUUCCUUGUUCGGUAGACAUCCUAGCAAACUCUAAGUCAUUUUCACUUUUUGACUUGUAAAUAUAAACUAUACCUAGAGGGAACUCCUGGAUGAAUAGGUCGGAUCUCAUCUUGUAGUAUUUUACUGUUCCUUGAUGAACUAAAUUUUCAGAAUCUUUGGCAAUAAAAGUCUAGUAAAACAAUGUAUAUCUGCUCUACUUUCUUGCCCCAGUAUUGUAUAUUUCCUGCCUCUUAAGUUCUCCUCAAUCUUCAAUGCUUAUUUC